AUGGCGAACCUUAAUUUUACGCAUUCCGAUGCGCCGCUCAAGACGAUCCAGGAGAUUCAGUUUGGUCUGUUGUCUCCUGAAGAAAUCAAAAACAUGAGUGUGGUCCACAUUCUUUACCCCGAAACAAUGGAUGAGAGUAGAAUGAAGCCACGCGAUCAGGGCUUAAACGAUCCCCGACUCGGUUCAAUCGAUAGACAGUUCAAGUGCGGAACUUGCGACCAACAGAUGUCAGAAUGCCCAGGACACUUUGGUCAUAUCGAGUUGGCGAAACCCGUUUUUCAUCCUGGAUUCAUCAAAAAGAUAAAGAAGAUCUUGGAGAUGGUCUGCCACAACUGUGGCAAGAUUCUGCUCGAUAGAAGUAAUCCUGCCUACAAAGCUGCUGUCUCCAUUCGAGACCCCAAGCGUCGGUUUGAUACAAUAUGGCGACUCUGCAAGCCAAAAAUGAUUUGUGAUAGUGAUGUCAGUAACGAGGAAGGCAAUUCAGAAGGGAAAGAACAAGCCGUCUCGAUACAUGGAGGUUGUGGCAAUUUACAACCGGAAGUGCGCCAGCAGUCGUUGACCCUUACUGGUACAUGGAAGGUGCCCAAAGACGAAGACGGAGAGACCGCUCAGCCCGAAAAGAGAAACAUCACCCCGGAAAUGGCGCUUGCUGUGUUCAAAUCUAUUUCAUCCAGUGAAAUUCGCGACCUAGGCUUGAGUAAUGAUUAUGCCCGUCCAGAAUGGAUGAUUAUCACAGUCUUGCCGGUACCGCCACCACCAGUCCGACCUAGUGUAUCUAUGGAUGGAACGGGUCAGGGUAUGCGAGGAGAGGAUGAUUUAACGUUCAAAUUGGGCGACAUUAUUCGCGCAAAUGGAAAUGUACGACAAGCUCAGCAAGAAGGUUCACCAGCACACAUUCUCUCAGAUUUCGAAGCCUUAUUGCAAUACCACGUCGCAACAUACAUGGACAAUGAUAUUGCCGGAACACCUCAAGCACUGCAAAAAUCAGGCCGGCCGGUGAAAUCUAUCCGUGCCCGACUAAAGGGUAAGGAGGGUCGACUUCGUGGAAAUUUGAUGGGCAAACGUGUGGAUUUCUCUGCGCGAACCGUUAUCACCGGUGACCCCAACUUGUCUCUGGAUGAGGUCGGUGUUCCUCGAAGUAUUGCCCGGACACUCACGUACCCUGAAACUGUGACGCCUUAUAAUAUCAAUCACCUGUCGAAGUUGGUGAGAAACGGACCAAACGAUCAUCCUGGUGCUAAGUAUGUCAUGCGAGCUGACGGCACUCGAAUCGAUCUUCGCCACAACAAGAACUCUGCUGGUGUGAAUUUGGAAUACGGAUGGAAGGUCGAAAGGCACAUUGUUGAUGGAGAUUUUAUUAUUUUCAACCGUCAACCUUCUUUGCACAAAGAGUCUAUGAUGGGACACAGAGUUCGGGUCAUGCCUUACUCCACCUUCAGACUCAAUUUGUCUGUCACGUCACCUUACAAUGCUGAUUUUGAUGGUGAUGAGAUGAAUUUGCACGUUCCUCAGACAGAAGAGACACGAGCAGAAGUCAUGAAUUUGUGUAUGGUGCCUCUUAACAUUGUCUCGCCGCAGAGAAAUGGACCUCUUAUGGGUAUCGUGCAGGACACCCUGGCUGGUGUUUACAAGAUGUGUCGCAGAGAUGUCUUCAUUACCAAGGAACAUCUCAUGAACAUCCUUCUGUGGGUCCCCGAGUGGGAUGGCGUUAUUCCCCAACCUGCUAUUCUCAAGCCUCGCCCUCGCUGGACCGGAAAACAAAUCGUCAGUAUGAUUAUUCCCAAAAUUGUCAACUUGCAUACAGCGAAUGACGCUCGGGAAGACGCCCCGCUGAAGGAUGACGGUCUGUUAGUACAUGAGGGAGAGCUUAUGUUUGGUCUCCUUACGAAGAAGAAUGUCGGUGCCUCUAGUGGUGGUAUUAUUCAUAUCAUUUUCAAUGAACAAGGCCCGGAUGCUGCCAUGGCGUUCUUCAACGGAUGUCAGCGAGUGGUGAAUUACUGGCUUCUACAUAACGGUUUCAGUAUCGGCAUUGGUGAUACAAUUCCCGAUAAGUCGACGAUUGAGAAGAUCGAGGGUGCUAUUCAGGUCCAAAAAGAUGAAGUUGCGGAGUUGACAGCUAAGGCCACAGCAAACGAACUUGAGUCAUUGCCUGGUAUGAACGUCCGUGAAACAUUUGAGAGUUUAGUCUCCAAGGCCUUGAACACUGCUCGUGACAAGGCAGGAACGAAAACAGAGGACAGUCUCAAGGACAGUAACAACGCUGUUCAAAUGGCUCGCUCUGGUUCCAAGGGUUCUACUAUCAAUAUUUCACAGAUGACGGCUCUUGUCGGACAACAGUCUGUUGAGGGGAAGCGUAUUCCUUUCGGAUUUAAAUACCGUACGCUUCCACAUUUCACCAAGGACGAUUACUCGCCCGAAUCAAGAGGUUUCGUGGAGAAUUCGUAUCUCCGUGGUUUGACGCCCACUGAAUUCUUUUUCCACGCCAUGGCAGGUCGUGAGGGUCUUAUUGACACUGCUGUGAAGACCGCUGAGACCGGGUAUAUCCAACGUCGUCUUGUCAAGGCUCUAGAGGACGUAAUGGCCAAAUACGAUGGUACUGUUAGGAAUUCCUUGGGCGAUAUUGUUCAAUUCGUCUAUGGAGAAGAUGGUCUUGAUGGGACAAUCAUCGAGAAGCAGCGUGUCGACCACAUCAAUCUGUCAGACAAGGCCUUUGAAGAUAGGUUCCGACUGGAUGUUAUGGACGAUCGUAAUCCUGCUAUCUCUUCUGAGGUUUUAUCAGACGCAGCUGACGUUAGUGGUGAUAUUGAGGUACAAAAAUUAUUGGACCUGGAAUGGGAGCAACUUGUUGCUGAUCGUGACAUGCUCCGAGAUGUCAAUUUCAAGAAGAAGGACGAUGAGCAGAUGCAAUUACCUCUCAAUGUCAUCCGCAUAAUUGACAGCGCAAAGAGACUGUUUAAGAUCGAUAUUACAAAGCGUUCCGACCUCACGCCACAAGUUGUCAUACCUCUUGUCCAGGGUCUUCUGGAUCGCUUAGUUGUUGUUCGCGGCAAGGAUGAGUUGUCGGAAGAGGCACAGCUCAACGCAACAUUAUUGAUCAAGGCCCAACUGCGAUCCCGGUUAGCCUUCAAGCGCAUCGCGUGCCACAUGCGACUGAACAGACUCGCGUUUGAUCACGUACUUGGCGAGAUCGAAACUAGGUUCAUCAAAUCUUUGGUGAACCCUGGAGAGAUGGUCGGAGUUCUUGCAGCACAGUCCAUUGGAGAACCUGCUACGCAAAUGACCCUAAACACUUUCCAUUUCGCUGGUGUUUCUUCAAAGAACGUAACACUCGGUGUUCCUCGUCUAAAGGAAAUUCUUAACAUUGCAUCGAACAUCAAAACACCUUCUAUGGUCGUCUACCAGGAAGGAGAGGAUGCGUCUCAAGAUUCUGCGAAGUUGCUCCGCAGCGCUGUUGAGCACACCAAUCUUCGUUCAGUCAUGCAAGCAACAGAGAUUUAUCAUGAUCCUGAGAUUCAGUCAACUGAGAUUGCUGAUGAUCUUGACAUGGUUGAAUCCUUUUUCAUCAUUCCCGAAGAACAUCACGACUCUCUGGACAAUCAAUCUAGAUGGCUACUCCGUUUGAUUCUCGACCGUCAAAAAAUGUUAGACAAGGGGUUGCGGGUUGAAGAUGUUGCCAUCAAGAUCAAGGAGAAUUAUCCAAAGGAUCUUGCUGUUAUUUUCAGUGACAAUAAUGCUGAAAAACAAGUCAUUCGUAUCAGAAUGAUCAAAGCGGGUGAUGGCAAGUACGAUGAUGAUGACAUCGAAGAAGAUAUUAUGCUUAAGCGUUUGGAGGCCCACAUUCUUGAUACACUCACUCUUCGCGGUGUUCCUGGCGUUGACAGAGCCUUCUUGAACAAGGAAACUAAGCUGAUCACCACUCCUGAUGGAGGGCUGUUGGCAAGCAAGAGCGAUGACAGAUGCACCGAGUGGUACUUGGACACGAGCGGAACAUCCCUUGCGCAAGUCUUGACAGUCCCCGGUGUGGACACGACUAGAACUUACACCAACCACUUCAUCCAAGUACUCGAGGUCUUCGGUAUCGAAGCUGCUAGAUCAGCUCUUAUGCGAGAACUGACUCAAGUCCUUGCGUUUGAUGGUUCUUAUGUCAAUCAUCGUCAUCUUGCGCUGCUGGUCGAUGUAAUGACUUCUCGCGGUCUUCUAAUGGCAAUCACCCGUCACGGUAUCAACCGCGCUGAUACUGGCGCGCUGAUGAGAUGUUCUUUCGAAGAAACUGUCGAAAUUCUUCUCGAGGCUGCCGCUAUUGGUGAACUUGAUGAUUGCCGUGGUAUUUCAGAGAACGUCAUGCUUGGACAGCUUGCACCUAUGGGAACUGGCGAGCUUGAAGUUCUGCUUGAUCCUGUGAUGCUGGACACCGUCAUUUCGGACAAUGGCAGAAUGAAUCUUGUACCUGGUCUUCAGGCUAAGGGUGCGGAUGGUGCUGCCACACCCUACGACAAUGGUUCUCCUAUGAACGAAGCUGGAUAUAUGGGUUCAUCGCCAGACUACACGGGUGGUGGAUUUUCACCUGUCCAGAGCGCCAAUCCAGACGAAAACCGUGGAUUCGCGACCGAGUAUGGUGGAUAUGGCUCUGGAAUUGGAACUCCUAAUCCUAGAAGCCCUGGAGGAGGCUGGUCUCCUGUCAGCCCAAACACCUUCGGCACGCCAACAUCUCCUGGCUAUUCUCCGGUGUCUCCUGGCUACUCUCCCACGUCUCCUGGUAUGACUAGUCCUGGCUUUUCACCCUCGAGUCCGGCCUUCACACCUACAUCGCCAGCAUAUUCUCCCACCUCGCCCAGCUUUGUGUCCCCUACAUCGCCAUCUUACUCGCCCACUUCUCCAAACUAUUCACCCACUUCUCCAGCUUUCCAUGGCCAAUCGCCAUCUUCGCCAAAUUACAGCCCAACCUCUCCAAGCUACAGUCCUACAUCCCCAAGCUACAGUCCCACGUCUCCCAACUUCACGGCAAAUAAGACUUCUCCUGGAUCUGGCUUGUCUCCGACCAGUCCUGUUUACAGUCCUACGAGCCCAAGUUUCAGUCCUACGAGCCCUGCGUAUGCAGCAGCGCAGGCGAAUGCUACUUCGCCGAAGUAUUCUCCUACUUCACCCUCUUAUUCCCCAACAAGUCCUCAGUUUUCUCCAACGUAA